UACACACCUAUACAUGUACCUGUUUAUUUAAGAUAAUAUGCCUGAAAUGAAGUACAUGUAAAUAAAGGGACGUUUAGCUUACAUUUGAGCUUAAUCCAAAUUGCACAUGUAUUUUCAUAAAAACAAAAUUUAAAAUGUUAUUUAUUGGCGUUGAAAAGAACAUUUGAAGUUGUAUCUGUCUUAUAACAUAUUAAAAAUUCACCCAAUUUCUUGUAGAUUUAGACUUUGUUUAGGUAUUAUAUUUAUUAAUCAAAGUUUACAAUACUGAAAUGGAUAUGAUAGAUUAUUGCUUUGAAUUCAAGAAAUGAAGUUUCUUGAAAGUCGAUAUUGUUUAUGAAAUAUUUACAUGUGCCAUCAAAAACUGCUCCACGUCAUUCAGUCCUAAUGAUUUAUAGAUAUGACGUCUUGCUGUUUUAGCCUAUCUGAGAACUUUAUCAGAGCUACAAAAGUUGAUAAUUGACAUGCAUAAAGUUUCACGCCAUCGAUAUUUGUGAAAUCACUUUCGGCUAUUUUGUUCCUUUUUCUAUAUCAUAUCCGACGCCAUAGCCAGUACAGGAGAAACGACCAUCAAAUGACAUUUAUUUAGUUACAUUAAUUACGAUGUUGUAAACAAGUUUACUAAUAUCUAAUAAAGAAUGUGAGAAUGAAUUUAAAUGAAAAAAUCUACCGUUUGAUUACACUUCUGUAGUUACAGGUGCGACAUGCCCUCCGUAUCUGACCUUCAUUUUGUGUUUCGGUGUGGACCACGUUUAGGAACAACUUACAAGCAUCAUUGUUUCUACGAAAAUACAUGAAGUAGAUAUACAUCAUCAGUAGCUAAACGUCAAGCAUGAACCAGGAUUCCAUUUCUGAAGGAGUCACAGACAAACAUACCGUUUGUAUUGUGUCGCCAUUUCCCACGUUACCACAACUGAUACGAAAACGACUUCCUGACGUCAACGUGAUAGACUUUCCAUCGCCCAAAGGUUAUUUUUUGGGUCAACUAGAUUUCAGUAAUCUGAUAGAUGAUAUCAACAGGUGUGAAGCUGACAUCAUUGUUAUGUUUCCAUUUCAUUACGUUCGAUUUAUAGAAAGAGGAUUACGUGUAAAUAUCAAAUGGUUUCACUCAAUGAUUGCAGGUACUGAAGGAUUAUUUAAAGCUUUUCCAAAGCAACCGGAAAAUGUCAUCUUUACAAGAAUGGGCGAAGGACAUACCGAUCUGAUGGCGGAAUAUGUGCUCGGUCAAAUAAUUUCACGAGAACAAUACUUCCCUGAAAUGCUGGAGUAUCAAAAACAGAAGAAAUGGGACAGGAUGAAGUUCCUCCAGAAACGUUCACUGGCUAACUUGACCAUCGGAUUAUUGGGAACCGGAGCAAUCGGCUCAAAAGUUGCAUCAGUAUGCAAAGCAUUUGGCAUGACGGUUUGGGGACUCUCUAGAACGAAGAAAGCUUCGCCAAUUCCAAACUUUGACAACCUGAUGGAGAAGAGCGAACUGUCAAAGUUUCUUUCGGGCUGUGACUAUGUGUGCAGUGUUCUUCCUAGCACACCAGAAACCAACGGGAUGUUGUCUGGAAAUGUUCUUCAAGCAUGCCAAAGAAAGAGAGCUACGUUUAUCAACAUUGGAAGGGGUGGGGUGGUCGAUGAGUUGUCUCUUCUGAAUGCUCUGGACAAUAAUUGGAUAGGAGGAGCUAUAUUGGAUGCAACCGAGAAGGAGCCAUUGCCGCCUGAUAGUAAAUUGUGGUCACACCCAGACGUGAUACUAACUCCACACAUAUCAGGACCUUGUAUACCAGAGGCCGUUGCAGAAGUCUUUGUUUCAAACUACCACAAAUUCGUCAAUGGCGACACACUGGAUCAUCAGCUGGACUGGGAACGAGGAUACUAAACAUUAUGGAAAAUAUGUACAUUUUCAGACGGAGAACCGAACUUAUAAUUCUAUAUAAGAAUAUUUGAUUUUAUUGUGUUAUAUUAUGCAAAUAAAAAAGAAGAUAAUACAAA